AUGUUCGCAUCUGUUCGUUUACUUGCCGUGAUGUUGGCGUCCACGAGUUUUGUUGCCACAACUCCCGUACAAAUCUCAGCUCGUUCGAGCGUGACGACUUUGGCUAACAACUUCACCCUCGCUGCCUUGAACAAUACUCUUCCGAACGCGAAUUCCACGGGUGCACCUCUUGUAUUGGGAUCUGCCGGCGCAAUUGACGGAGAGUCUUUCCAUGUCAGCUCAACAUACGCCUCUUACCCGUAUAAUGAUUUUCCCUCUCUUGGCCUCGUGGGUGGCGAGCUUCGCGCCUUCUACCCCGAUGGUACAUGGGAGACAAAUGCCAGUGCCCCACUUUCCGGUGGUUCAUUAGAUUGGGGCACUAGCAGCUUCUAUAGCACACCUGCUUCGACGGCUUUCUCCGCUGUGUCCGAUGGAGCUUUCCCCAUCCUUGCGGUCAAUGAGAUUGCGGACUUGUGGUAUCUGUGCCCUAGUGAUGCGCCUCGUGUCCCACAAACCUCGUUAUACUUUAACGCCACAACCAUUCCCUCACAGUCCGGAGUUUCGGGUGCCAGUCCUAUUGUAUGCUACUCGGUGACGCUCAACAUGGUGCCGGUGUAA